CCUGGCCGAGGAACCAGUGCCUUGUUGUGGCUACGGCGAUGCAGAUGGCAGGCUGCCGGCGGACCCGCGGACCCCGAACACUAUCGACGGCGCGACGCGGGUGGGCGGUGGUGGUCUCGGCGGCGGGACAGCUGAUAAAAAUGGCGGCGAAAAUUAUGCUGGCGGUGAUUCAUCGGGUACAAUUUUGCCCUCAUCCGCCGAGGAAGCAGGUCCUCCGCGAUUCUUCCACCAUGACGUGGGAAGCGAAAGCUCUCCCCGUGCCGCAAAAGGAAGGCGAUUCCUUCUUUAUCACGAAAGCGCAGUACAACAGUGCGUCAAAGACCGUCGGGGUCCGACAAGGUGGUUUGGACUGCACUGCGCAAAACCCGUUGGACUGCCUGAUGGCCGAGAUUGGGAACGGAUAUUUCGCGACCGUCGGUCCCAUCUGCGCGGCGGACCAAAGCGGGUGCGGGUCCCUCUUCCUCGCGGGCGUGUUCGAGUACGGCUUCUGCGGCAGCGUCUUUGGCAGCUAUGGUGUGCAAUGCAGCUACCGGGCGAAUCUGCCAAAUCCGUUUUACCGGUUUCUCCCCAAGAUUGACAGCUGGAACGCAAUCGAACAAGUGCAGGUGCAAGAUUUCAAAAAUGCGUGCUUGAUGUACUACUUCGGCAACGUCAGGGCGGAAAACGGAAAGACCGUCACCGUGCAGAUGAAAUUCUACGCGCAUCGGAAACGGCGGAAUUUGUUCGUCCUGGAAUUGUCCAAUGACCAGGAGGCAGACACGGCAGUGAAUAUGGUGAAACACGCGGCUGUAGUGUUUCCCGGGCAAAAUGGCGCGCCUGGAUUAAGUGCUUUCGAAACAACUGCAGCAGGCGCUAGUAGUUCUGGCACGACUGGUACGAGCAGCGAUGUUCUUGUCCGCGUGCGCCAAGGCUCGACGAGCCGAAAGGAGGACGAGAAUCUGCAGAAAUCUUUACUGAAAUUCGCGGAGGCGCAAAAUUUCGGCGAUGAUUACCGGCUCCUGCGAGCAGGGAGUUCUUCUACAGCGCAGGGGCAGCGUCCUAUCCUGAGGAAAAACGUACCCACACCAGAGUUGUAAUGCAGAUUUGCAAAGACAGGAACAUUUGCAAUGCGCAUCGCCAGGAGAGGCAUUUUUAGUCGCGUUUUGGAAUUUGUAAUGCUGUAAACAGGAUGAGCAGAUGGAUUUCUGAUGCAGCUGGCCUUGCGAACCUGCACUACACUACGGACUGCAACUUGUGAUGUGUGACCCCCAAAAGUUCUAGGCUUGUGUUGCAAAAUCCCCAUAGCACUGGCGCAAUCAAGACGCAGGCAAGAACAACGUGCUGAAGCAGAGGACAAGAGCAGAUAGUAAGAAUAUCAAAACAAGACGACAAAGCCUUUGAUCCGCGAAAUUGCUGGAGUGUGAAUGUCGUGGACAGCGGAAGGGGUCUCUCACAUUACAGGAAACGCCCACCGCCCCCAAAUAGCUUAGUGAUCCGAAUGAUGAAUCAACUCGACUACUUAAUUUUUACAAUCGUUUUACCAGCCGCAGGCUUGCAUCUGCGGCUACUGCUACUCUGCAAACGCCCGGCGUAUUUUUCAAAAAAAACAUGAUCUGCCUCGCUGCAACCGGGGUUAGGACGUACCUCAUUCAGGGCGGGCGGUAGCUAAAUGCAGACCUGUGCGGGCUUAUGUUUUCUGAAGCGCGCACACAGUCACUAGCGUAACGCAAUAGCUUAAUCAUUUUUGACCGUUUUACGAACUUCGUCGCAAAAGUCCGGGGCUGCUUCCUCCCGCAGUAAAUAGAAGGGUUUAGGUGUUUAGGGUUUUCCGAUUCAGAAAAAAAUGAAGCUCUUCGUCGACGUGGAAAAAACUGGAUCGGACGUGUGCCGCUGCUACCGGCUCGACACGUAGAAAACGAAUUUCGCGCGUUGUGCGGGAGUAGCUACCCCUCCCCUACUUCGGGUUGUAGUUGCCAUUGGCGUCAUUGAUUGCGGUCGACAAUAUCCUCGUCCCGAUGAUUUCCUUCUUUGGGUUUGUGUAUGGUGAAUAGGAGCUUGCUCCUGAUUGGUGCCGCGGUGUCGGAGGUUUUGCAGCAUUCACGCACAGACUGCAUUUGUGGAAACGGAGGGGGGGUGUGGGACCCCCAUCAAGUCGUCGCGGCGCGAAGCCGCAAAUCCCUGGUCCUCGUUCACCAUCAGAAGUGUUCGACCGGUGGGGCGCUCCACUGAAACUGAAACUGAAUUUUAGAGGGGGCCUAGCAAAAAAAAAAUAAAAAAAUACCCAUCUUGACUCUGGUGCGGGGAUGUUUUUACUCAGGAUACGUCCUGGCGCUCUCUCCUUUUCGAAAGCCAAUCCGGUGGUACUGCUCUCCGCAUACGCGAGUAGCAAUAUGGAAGAAGUAGAGGGCUGAUUUGAUAUAAGAGUGCACAACCCCCCUUCCCCCUCAAUUGUGUGGCAUUAGCAGCAAUACAAACACCCGCACGCGUGGAGCCCAUGCACGACAAAUUUACAUACGCAAUGUAGUACUGUUUGAGCUUCCAGAAUUUGUUAUGCAAGCAGUGCCACAAGGCACCGAUUCUUGGAUUUGGGAUUUUGCAUGACAAAUCAGGGGGAGGGGGAGUUGUGCGCUGUCAUA